AUGGAUCAAUUAGCCAAUGGAAUUGAGCUUGGCAAGACAUUUUUUAAAAUUUUCGACAUUACUUAUUCUCUUACAUCUACUUCAGAAGCUGUAGAAACUGCUACAAAGAGGGUUAUAGAAGAUUUCAAUAAAGAUAAUGUGAUUUACCUAGAACUCAGAAGCACUCCCAGGGCAGAAAAAAACAUGUCAAAAAAAAAUUAUUUGGAGGCAAUGAUUAGAGGUGUUCAACAUUGUAAAAUACAUUUCCCAAACAUAUUAGUUAAAUUGCUCAUUUCUGUCAACAGGAAUGAAACUAUAGAGAGUGCCAAAGAAAACAUUGAAUUGGCUAUUGAGUACUCGAAAAAAUUUCCAAAUCUUAUAUUGGGCAUAGAUUUGAGUGGAAACCCUACUAAAAGCAAGUUUAUCGAUUACAUUGACAUUUUAAAUAAAGCUAGAAGUGAAGGCCUUAAAAUUUCAAUUCAUUGUGGUGAAGUUGUUGAUAACCAGGAAGUAAAAAGCAUUUUGGAUUUUCAUCCUGAUAGAAUUGGCCAUGGCACAUGCAUUCAUGAAUCAUUAGGAGGAGAUCAAAAUAACUGGGAUGAAUUAUUAAAAAAAAAAAUCCCUGUCGAAAUUUGUAUUACCUCGAAUAUUAAGUGCAAAACUGUCAAUUCAUAUGAUGAACAUCAUUUUAAAUUUUUGUAUGAAAAUAAACAUCCCAUUACAUUGUGUACAGAUGAUAAAGGUGUUUUUAACUGCUCAUUGUCUGAUGAAUUUGAAAUCGUUAAGAACAAAUAUUCAUUAAAUGACAAUGAAUUGUGGUCGCUUAGCUACAAUAGUAUUAACUAUAUAUUUGGAUCCGAAUUAGAAAAAAGUAACUUGAGAAAUUCAUUGACAGAAUGGAAGGAAAAAAAUAAUAUAAAAUAA